GUACGCGGAGGAAAAUACGGCCGGACCUAUCAUGCGAGCUCCGCGGUCCUCGAGUGGGUUUAAUUCGUCCAGUUUUCAUCGUACGAUGGCUGACGGGCAGAACUGGACUGUUUUGGAACACGUGAGGGCAUUAAUAGUUUUUUGUCUACCGUACUCCUAUCAUUCGUGCUGGUGGCUGUCUUGCGGGGGAGAAGGAAGGAAGGAAAAAAGGGCAAAGGUAUUGUUACUGGAAUCCUCACCUGCAUUCUUUUCUAUCCCUUCCUCGAGGGGGGGGGGGGUAAUAUCACACUACGGACGCGAGGACCGGCAGGGCUGAUGGGUUUACUGGGUUUGCACCGCUAGAAGGCGCUAGGGAAGUGCCGUAGCUGAAUGCUAAAGACUGUGUUUCGUCUGCCCUUUGUGGGGUGCAGUGCUGGUGUGAGUCUGAGCUGUGCUGCUGAUCAUAUUGUAAGGAGCCAAGCGGGAGUUCAACGUGGUACGGCUUCGUGCAAUAUGAUGGUGAAGGUGCUGAUUGUUUUUUCAAGCUUCUGUAUUGGAUGGUAUCUGGUGGGUAUGAGUUGGUAAGGGGGCGGGGUAUGAUAGGGCCAGUGAGGUUAUAAAUGGGAAUGAUUUCCUUCCCUGUUGCCAGGGUGUUCGCUCGGUAUUCAGCCUCAGGCCUUCAUCAUCACCAAAACAUUUUUGAACCCAACUCAACAUGCACCUCGAGCGUCUCUUUUUCGGAUUUUUCCUCCCCGCAGCAGAGCUCUUCGCACCGACAUGCGUCAUCAAUAAAGGUCGUGAGGGAGAGUGUGUCAAGACUACCGCGUGCCGCAAAAACGGGGGGAAACCCGAAGCCGGGCAUUGCCCUGGCAAUUCCUCCAUUCAGGUAUAUAUACAUCCCCCCCCCCCGCCACUUGCCUCCCACCGCCGGGACCGACACUGAUGACGAUGGCGGAGGCGACGACAGUGCUGCACGUACGGAACCUGCCACACCUGGGCCGGCUCUCGUGGCUUCUGCCAACCAACCUCGACAUGCACGGGCUCAUCCGAACCCGGACACUGCCCAGGACCCUCACACAUUCAGUGCUGCACGAACGAUGACACGGCUGAUCUGCCCGGACUAGACACCCUCCAGUCCACUCGCGCGCGACAAGUCAUGGCCGUGGCGCGGGCGCAGGGCCUCGGAAUGCGCGGCUGCCAGAUCGGCAUCGUGACGGGAAUGCAGGAAUCCGGUAUGCUUGUCCUGGCGAACACGAACGUCCCAGAGAGUCUGGACUACCCGCACGACGACACGGGCGGCGAUCGCGGCGUCGGCAUCUUCCAGCAGCAGCCGCAGUUUUGGGGGACUGUCGAGGACUGUAUGGAUCCCGAGACUAGCUCGCAUAAAUUCUUUGUCUCGCUGGAGGGGGUUAUCGGAUGGCAAAAUAUGGCGAUUGGAAAGGCGGCGCAGUUCGCGCAGAGGUCCACCACUUAUGAUAUCGGCACUUAUGAUAAGUGGGUUCCGCUCGCGAAGAAAGUCUGUGAUGUUGGGUUUUAGGUUGGUUAGUGGAUGGGUGGGCGGAGUGGCAUAAGGGUUUCCUUUUUGUCUUUUGGGAGAGGAAUUGUCUGCUGUUAGUCGUAUGGGUAUCACAUCAUAUAUGGUAUAGCAGUAGUAGAAACUCCGGAUACGAAUCGAUGAUGAUAUGUUUUUCUUGGCA